GAGAAGAUGGAGAGUAUGCUGGAUCGAUCAGAUCUACGAUCUCCAGGAGAGGCUGGAUUGGACGAAGAGACGAAGAUGGAGAGGAUGGUUCAAAACAAAGUAGAUGCCAUAGAAAAUAUUGUGGUUGCUGGCAGUGAGCGUAAAUAUCUAGUAUGCAUAUUCACGCUUGGUUGCGAUCCGAACAGCAACGUUCUUUCUGACAGAUCUCUCAAAUUCAUGCGCGAUUGCGGUUCGUCAUGCUCAUGCAGCCACUAUGAUGAGCUCGACUGAGUCCUCGUGCAGGAAGUGACGCUAAGACCAUCGAAGAAGCGAGAUGCUGCCCUUCCUUCCGAACGUCUCUGCUUAAACGUUUUGCUGAAUGCAACAAGAAGGUAUUUGAAGAAUGGAAGAAGCACAAAACAAAGAGUCAACCACUGCAACUCAGGAGGUUUAUGAUCCUAUCGCGUCCUGUAUUCUUCUACUGCUGCUCUGUUCAAGAUGCUGAAAUUUUGCAGUUUGACCAAUCAGAUGGAACUUUAGAUCAGUACGGAAACGUGCAAAGACAAGUUGUGAUCAACACUUACAAUGACGUUUUUGGAGAGUAUGUAUGAUGCUGUAGAUAAUCCAACCCAACAGGAGGCGCCACAAGGAAGCAAUCAAGCGGGAACGGAGGAGGAGGGUGCUGGAUACGUUGAUAACCGUGAUCACCGUCAACAAUUCAGUGCCGAUGCGCUCUCGCAGGAUGACACGAAGCCGGAAGGGGACGAGGAGCUCCCUUUUGGCCCUUUUGUGAAUGCCCAUCAGA